AUGAGUGGAAACCAUCAGAAUAAUCAAGUAUAGGCAGAGAGUAAUAACUAGCACAUUGAUGUGCUUAAACAAACCUUAGCAGAUACCCUAUCACAUGUAUAGGAAAUUGAGAAAAAAUUGAGAUAAAAAUUAGAUUAAGAAGGUAUUUCGUAAGAAGCUAGGCAAAUAAUUCUUAAUGACGUCAAGUAAAAGGCAGAGCUUUCAAAAACAAUAAUUAAUGAAUCUAUCGAAUAAUAGCAAGACCUCAUAAACAAUUAAUUAGAUGCAUUAGCUGAGAGAGUAAACGAGCUCAAAGUUUCAGGAAUUGAUUCUAAUGGUAACCUCAUUAACGGUGAAUAAUCAUCAAGAUAAGUAUCAAACUAUAGAAAAAAGCUAUUCUCCCAAAAAAUUUUCUUAGAGAGAGACUCAUUGCUUACAUUCACAAAUGGAGGUGAAGGAGGAUUUAGAACUCUUGAAAAUAUAUUUAUUGCUUUCUUAAUCCUACUUGGAGUUCAAAUAUGCGUUGAUGAAUUCUUCGAAAAUGGAAAUUUCUUCCCUGAUUUACAGCUAUUCUAUUGGGUGUUCGGCUAGUUUGAUAAAGUUAUCUAGACUCUAUUAAUUAUGUAUUCCAUAUCAUUCUUAGUAGUACCUGUAAUUCAAGAAGUAAAAAAUAGAUAGAUUGGUGGAUUUAAAUAUGCUCCAAUUUAUGUGACUGUCUAUUUUAUGAUUCAGAGCUUAAUCUUCACAAUAGGGGUUUACAGCUGCUAUUAUUAUGGAUUACAACCAGCAUCUGCAUUAGUAGUAAGCUGUGAAAUGGCACGUAUUGGAAUGAAAGUCCAUUCUUAUUAUAGAGAAAAAAUUGUAAAUGGGCUUAAUAGAGGUUCUUCAGUGGCCUUAUAUCUUCCAGUUUGGGCUGAAAAAUAAGGAAUUAAACUUGGUGAUCUUGACAUUCCAGAUAUUAGUGUAGGUACAUAAUAAGAAGAACUCCAAAGAUAUGCAUUUUUCUUUUUUGCUCCAACUUUGAUAUUUAGAGACUCAUAUCCAAGAAAUAGGAAAAUCAGAAUUAAUGUACUUCUUAAGAAUAUAUCUACUUUCAUUAUUUUGAUUUUUUAUCUUUGGUCUGUUUUCAAAGCACUAUGCAUUCCAAUUUUCAAGCAUACAGUUAACAAUCCAGGAGGUGUAAGAUAAUUUGUUUCCAGUGUUAUAUUUUCAACUGUAUCUGGAAUAAUUUGCUUGCUUAGUUUGUUUUAUGGAAUACUUCAUAGUUGGCUAAAUAUAUUCGGUGAAAUCAUGAGAUUUGGUGAUAGAUAAUUCUAUGAAGAUUGGUGGAAUGUAUAAGAUUUUGCAGGAUAUUAUCGUAAAUGGAAUAUAGUAGUUCAUGAAUUCUUGUACUAUUAUAUCUACUAAGAUAUUAUAAGAUUUACAAAAGGAAAAUUCUCUAGAUAAUCAAGCAAGAAUAUGGUCUUUUUUAUCUCAGCUAUUCUCCAUGAGAUUAUUGUUACUUGUGGUCUAGGAUUUUUCUUCCCAAUUCUAUUUCUCAUGUUUGGAGGUCCUGGUGUAAUUUUUACCAAGAUAAAUUUUGGUAGAGGCCCAUAUGUUGGUACAAUGUUCUGGUUCUUAAUGCUCAUUGGUAGUGGAAUCCUUAUGGUUCUUAUCUGCAGAGAAUUUUAUGCUAGACAAUCUCCAAUGGCAGCAAAGCUUUAGGAUGGCCUAUGGGAAUAUAUAUAUCCCCAAUCACUUAGAUUUAUUUCUCAACAAACUCAAGCUUGA